AAUUUUAUUCUGUGUUGGUAGAGGCUAUAAUUUAUUUGGGUUCUUGACGUAUGUCAUUAUCACCUAAAACUUGUUGAAAGUGAUUAUUGUUUUCGGUUAUCUCUCAGGAAUUAUUUAAACUCUGUGAAUUUCAGCCAUCAUGAAUUCCAGGAGAGGGUUGAACGUUCACGAAAUUAUAUCGGCAUUAGAAGAUGAUCAUAAUAUACUGUCUGCAGAUAUAUUUAUCACACCACCUGAAAACAAUGACUUCAGCGAUGAAGACAGCGGAAGCGAAGAAGCGGGAGAAAUAGGUAAUCUUACGCGUCGGCAACUACUAGCAGAAGCUGAGGUGCGAUGCCAGCUACCAUCAGCAGAUGGGGUCCUGGAAACCGUAGAUGGAAUUCCAUUUAUAAAUCAGGAUGAACAGGAACAACAGCCGUCCGCGUCUCAGUCAAAUGAACCACCUGCAAAAAAAUCUAAGACUAUUGUCACGAGGAAGUGGAGACAAAAAGAUAUAGCUGCAAACCCUGAAAGGGAGUCGAUGCAACCUGAUUUCGUUUUAGAUAAGGAUAAUCCAUUAGAUUUUUUUGAGAUGUUUUUUGACGAAGAAGUUUUCGAGCUCCUGCGGUCUAGCACGGAACAAAAUGCAAUUGCAAAAGGACAUGUCAAUUUUCGAGUCACUGUUGAAGAAAUUAAAAACUUUAUCGGUAUUUUGCUUUUGUCAGGCUACAAUAGCGCUUCACGCUAUAGAUUAUACUGGGAUCAAAGUAUUGACACUCAUCAUCCAGGAGUUGCAUCAUGCAUGACUCGUAAUCGUUUUGAAGAGCUUUUACGUUUUUUUCAUGCAUGCGAUAACAACCGCCUACCUUCUGACGAUAAGUUUGCAAAAGUAAGGCCACUGUGGAAUCUUAUGAAUGAGAGAUGGCUAAAGUUUUAUCCCGGAGACAAACAUUUGUCUAUCGAUGAGUCUAUGGUACCUUAUUUUGGAAAACAUGGCGCAAAACAACAUAUUCACGGUAAACCAAUACGUUUUGGCUAUAAGAUUUGGUCACUGUGUACACGAUUGGGUUAUCUUAUUUAUGGAGAACCUUACCAAGGAGCUAAAACUGGUAACACCAAUCCAAAUCUAGGCGUUGGAGGCUCUGUAGUGACAAAUUUGAUCGAACUGCCAAGUGAUAACCACUACAGUUUCUAUAUUGAUAAUUUUUUCACUUCUUUACGUUUACUAGACGAAGUAAGUCAGAUGGGUCAUGUUAUCACUGGUACAUUACGUGCUAAUAGAACAGAAGGUGCCCCGCUAAAAGACAUCAAGGAGAUGAAAAAGACAUCACGGGGUUCGCACCACCAAAUUACGGAUUUAUCAUCCAACAUGACUUUAGUGCGCUACAACGACAACAACAUCGUAACUAUUGCCUCAACGGAAAGCGGUGUUCAUCCGAUUGGUAAGGUGAAGAGAUGGUGCGGCAAUAAAAGAGUAGACGUAGAUCAACCGCAUUGCUAUCUAUUAUAUAACAAAUAUAUGGGCGGAGUCGAUCGACUCGACCAAAAUGUUGGAAAAUAUAGAAUUUCAAUAAGACUGAAGAGAUGGUAUUGGCAAAUGAUAAUGUUCCCCAUAAAUGCCUGUGCUAAUAAUGCUUUUUCAGUUAUACCGAGUUUCACCAGCAGGCCAAGCUAA